AAUGUCUAUAAAUUGCUUAAGAACAGCGAGGGCUCCGCUCCAAUCAAGAACGACGGCAACAGCAUUUUCGAGACCUAGAGAUUCCUCGAAACGAUUCGUGUCCUGUUCAGUGGUUUCUCUCAGAGUAGUUUCAUCCAUGUCUUACGACAAAGAGCUUGAUGCUGCUAAGAAAGCUGCUUCCCUCGCGGCUCGUCUGUGUCAGAAGGUUCAAAAGGCUCUGUUGCAAUCCGAUGUCCAAUCAAAAUCAGAUAAAAGUCCAGUGACAGUGGCUGAUUAUGGUUCACAAGCUGUUGUCAGCUUGGUUUUGGAAAAGGAACUCCAUCCCGAGCCGUUGUCGAUGGUGGCUGAGGAGGAUUCAGGUGAUCUACGCAAGGAUGGUGCACAGGAAGUUUUGAAAAGGAUUACAAAACUUGUGAAUGACACUUUGUCUAUGGACGAAUCAUUCGGUAAUUCUACCUUAUCCACGGAAGAUCUACUCAGGAUCAUUGACUGUGGCUCAUCUGAGGGUGGUCCGAAUGGUCGGCAUUGGGUCUUGGAUCCUAUUGAUGGUACCAAAGGAUUUCUGAGGGGAGAUCAAUAUGCAAUAGCUUUAGCCUUGCUCGAGGAAGGGAAAGUGGUGUUGGGUGUCCUAGCUUGUCCAAACCUUCCCUUGGCAUCCAUAGCUGGAGACAACAACAAGAACUCUUCAUCUGACCAAACCGGCUGCCUCUUCUUUGCCACAGUAGGUUCAGGGACAUACAUGCAGUUGCUAGAUGCAGAAUCUUCUCCUGUCAAGGUGCAAGUGACUGCCAUUGAAAACCCGGAAGAAGCAUCUUUCUUUGAGUCAUAUGAAGCAGCCCACUCUCUUCACGGUUUAUCUAGCUCCAUUGCCAAUAAACUUGGUGUCAAGGCACCACCAGUCCGGAUCGAUAGCCAAGCAAAGUACGGGGCGUUGUCCAGAGGAGACGGAGCAAUAUACCUUCGGUUUCCUCAUAAAGGAUACCGUGAAAAGAUAUGGGACCAUGCUGCAGGUGCCAUCGUCGUAUCUGAGGCAGGAGGGAUUGUUACUGAUGCUGCUGGGAAGCCAUUGGACUUCUCCAAAGGAAAGUUUUUGGAUCUCGACACUGGCAUUAUUGUCACCAACGAGAAGCUGAUGCCACUGCUGUUGAAAUCAGUUCGGGAAUCCAUAGCCGAGCAAUCUGCAUUGUGAUUCCUUCCGUAAGUUUCUUCAGUUUGAGUUCCAUAGUCUCUUUCCAUCUGUGGAGACAUGAGAUGAGAUUUGAAGUUGAAUUCCGUAAAGGGCUUUGUCUCCUUGCCCAUGUUUCUCAUGUCUGUUUGCUCUGAAAAUGUAUAAAUAAUGGCCGAAUCCAAUCUGUUUUACCA